AUGACUUCAAAAGUGCUAGUAUAUGGCGGUUCAGGUGCUUUAGGCAACGGUGUAGUUUCACUUUUUUGCUCACAUGGUUGGGUUGUGACUUCUGUAGGCACGCGACCUAACAAUCAAGCAACGCACAACAUUGUGGUCUCGUUAAACACUUCUCUUGAACAGCAAGGUGAACAGGUCUUGCGAGAGACGAAUGAGUAUUUAAAAGGAGAAAAAUACGCUGCAAUUUUGUGUGUUGCUGGUGGUUUCGCAAUGGGUAAUGCCGCUCACAAAGAUUUCCUGAAGAAUUCCGAACUUAUGUUGAAAAAGACUGUGUGGUCAAGCUUGAUUUCUGCAAAAUUGGCUGCUCAUCAUCUUCAAGAAAAUGGCUUAUUAACGGUGGCCGGAGUGGCUGGAUUACACGCGACGCCUGCCUUCAUAGGAUAUGGAGUUGCUAAAGCAGGAGCACACCAGCUUGUGCACAGUCUAGCAUCUCCAAAAUCGGGGCUACCUGCAAAUACUAAAGUCGUGGGACUUUUACCCAAAAUGAUUGACACGCAAAGUGCACGUGAAGCUAGUCCAGAUUCCGAUUUCUCAUCACAUACACCUAUUGAAACACUGGCUCAGCGUCUUUAUAAUUGGACAACUGGAAAAAUUCCGGUUCCUCAUGGAAAACUGGUUGAAGUAGUGACCACUAAAGGGGAAACUUCCUUUAACGAAGUGUAA